GCGGCUCAAACACGUUUCUUCUUCUUCUUCUGCUCUCCUAGAUCUGCAGCUCCAUCUCUAGCCCCCUCCUCCCUCCUCCCUCUCUAAGGGAACGCUCAGGGGAUGAAUGGGGAGGCGAUGGAGGGGAGCCCGGCUCAGCAGCAGCAGCAGCAGCAUGCCGGUAAUGGCUCCCACCUCCCUCCCCCUCCCACCAUCACGCCGGCUAUCCCCCCCUACGUGAAGCUGGGUCUGACCAUCGCCUACACCAUCUUCUACUCUCUGCUCUUCGCCUUCGUCUACGCCCAGCUCUGGUUGGUGCUGAGGUACCGGCACAAGCGCUUCAGCUACCAGACGGCCUUCCUCUUCCUCUGUCUGCUGUGGGCCGCCCUGCGAGCCCUCCUCUUCUCCUUCUACUUCAGGGACUGUGUCACCGCCAACGCGCUCGGACCCUUCGCCUUCUGGCUGCUCUACUGCUUCCCCGUCUGCCUGCAGUUCUUCACGCUCAGCCUCAUGAACCUCUACUGUGCACAGGUCUACUUCAAGGCCAAGUUCAAGUACUCACCUGCCCUGCUCAGGUACAGACUCCCUCUGUAUCUGGUCUUCCUGGUCGUCAGUCUCCUCUUCCUCGUGGUUAAUCUGGUCUGCGCCCUGCUGGUCAAAAUGACCGUUGCUGACGUGAAAACCAUCGUCCUGGUGAGGGUCACCAUCAACGACAGUCUGUUUGUCCUCUGCGCCGUCUCGCUGUCCGUCUGCCUCUACAAGGUGGCCAAGAUGUCUCUGGCCAACAUCUACCUGGAGUCCAAGGGGACGUCGGUCUGCCAGGUGACCCUGAUCGGCAUCACGGUGGUGUUGCUGUACUCGUCCCGAGCGUGUUAUAACCUCGUGGUGCUCGCCCUCACCGACAUCGAGACCAUCAACUCGUUCGACUACGACUGGUACAACGUCUCAGACCAGGCGGACUUGCGGUCGUCGCUGGGAGACGCCGGUUACAUCGUGUUUGGGGUGAUUCUGUUCGUCUGGGAGCUCCUGCCCACCUCGCUGGUCGUCUUCUUCUUCAGGGUCAGACGGCCGCCACAGGAAAGGGUGAGUCACGUCACGCCAGUCCAGGCUUCGCCCUGCCGUCUUCAGUCGUUCCUGAUAAGUCUUCUCUCUCCACAGAGCACCGUCGGGAUACCGAACCACGUCCUCUCCUCCAGAGGUUAUUUCUUUGACAACCCUCGCCGGUACGACAGCGACGACGACCUGGCGUGGAGCAUCCCUCCCCAGAAUGCCUCAGCAAGUCUCUCGUCUGAUUGCUACGACUGGGGCAGCCGCCACAGCAGCUUCACCGUUCACACCAACGGGGACGAGCAGCGCCUCACCACCACCGCCACCGCCGGGGAGCUCCACCCUUACCCAUAAUCCCCCUCUCUUUCUUCACUGUACAGCACCACUCAGCACUUUGACCACUUCUUAUUUAUGGUGUUUUUCUCAGCCAUGAUGUUAGUAGAGAAAACAGAAGAACGUCCAGCAGAGCUCCUGCACACGGCCGAGAACGUUCUGGUUUUAUAAAGACCACUAAAGUAAUCACCGAUCAUCAAUGAUAGGACCAGGUCUGCAGACUAAUCUCCUUCCUCCCUUUGAUCACUCUAACCCCUUACCCUUUGGCCUCCCUCACAAACUUCCCUUAGUCCAGAAUUCUGCCGCCUGUAUCAUCUCCAGAACCCGGUCCAGUACUCCCAUCAGUCCUGUUCUCCAGCAGCUCCACUGGCUCCUGGUCUACUACUUCAUUAAGACUGUGCUCCCAAGUCUCCCCUUAACCCUCAGUCUAACCCUCAGUCUAACCCUCAGUCUAACCCUCAGUCUUACCCUCAGUCUAACCCUCAGUCUAACCCUCAGUCUUAC